AUGGCUCACUUCCUGUCCGGUGUUCCAGCAGCGCCUCAAACACCCACGGGGGCAGGCCAUCGCCUUUGCUGCCAAGUAAUGUAUUUACCUCAGACUGCCCAACGAUCGUCUUCUGCUCUCUUCUGCCCUUCCCCCACUCUUCCACGGCUCAAGAUACCUCAUCGUUUGGCUCUGUGUUCGCAAGCACUCAGCAGCGCAGCAUCAAGAAGAAGAUGGCCAACCACUCAGGUUGGCUCACAGCACUUGUUGCUUUUUCAAUAUGGAACCACUACCACUGGUAUGAUGAGUACGAAAACCGUCGCAGGCGCUACGAGCACCAAUUUAUGUACCUUCUGUUCCGGAACGACAUCCAACGCCAGCGGUGCCACGCCCGAGGUCACACAGGUAGUUACCACCAGAGAAGUUAAGCCGAGUGCUCCACCAAGCAAUGCUCCGGAAAGCGUCAAGCCUAGCAGUCUAGCAAGUUCCAACACCAGUGCUUCAAUAAGCAGUGCGUCGGGAAGUGUGAGGCAUAGCGCUUUAAGACGUGGCAAUUCCAGCACUACAGGAAGCAGUAGUUCCAGCAUGACAGGAAAUGGCAUCCUCACUCGAACUAGCACAGCGCGUGCCUCGACAACAAAACAAGCGUCGCUGGCGAGCCCAACUCAGUCAAGUCCCAUCUUCUCUUCGUCGGCCGGAUUACUAUCGAUUCCCAGCACUGGGGGACCGACUUCUUCACCUCCAAAUGGUCUCAAUCCCACAUCCUCAGGUUCAUCAACAAGCACACGGCCCAGUCCCUCUUUUCUGGCUAAAACAUUGUCGACUACCAGCUCUGGGCAAUCGGCCGCUGCAACGUCUUCCAUUGGACCAGAUCCCACGUCUACGGCUUCAGAACCAAGCCCACAACCCAGUGCCUCUUCUUCGGCCGGAGAGUCUUCGAGUUUCGGGACUGCAGGAGCGACAGCUUCUAGCGUUGAAGGGCCAUCGGGCUCCAAUGGCUUGUAA